GUCCCUGCCUUUGAAGGCAAAGAUGGCUUUGUACUUUCAGAAAGCAAUGCCAUUGCUUAUUAUGUGUCCAACUCACAGCUGCACGGUGCCAACAGCAAGGAUGCCGCUCUGAUUCAACAGUGGAUCAGUUUCAGUGACAAUGAAAUCUUGCCUGCAUCUUGCACAUGGAUCUUUCCUUGCCUGGGCAUCACUCAGUUCAAUAAACAGGAGACUGAAAAAGCCAAGGAGCAGAUCAAGAGAGUCUUGACUAUACUGAACAACCACUUUCUGACACGAACCUUUGCUGUUGGGGAGAGGGUCACACUUGCUGAUAUCAGUCUUGCUUGCAACCUGCAAAGUUUGUAUGAACUGGUGCUAGAUCCGGAGUUCCGCAAACCCUUCCCUAAUGUAAACAGGUGGUUCGUAACAGUUGUCAACCAGCCCCAGUUCAAGGCUGUCCUAGGAGAAGUGAUACUGGCAACACAGAUGGCAACUUUUGAUGCAAAGAAGUACCAGGAGAUCCAUGCAGGAGCUAGUGCAGGUGCUGGGGACAGCAAGAAGAAAGAGAAGAAACCAGCUCAGCCACCACAGCCAAAGAAAGAAAAGGCAGCACCAGCUCCCAAGGAAGCUGAACCUGCAGCUGAGGAAGAGGAGGAUGAAAAGCCAAAGGAGUCCAAGGAUCCAUUUGCUGCCCUACCAAAAGGAACAAUGAACCUUGAUGAGUUCAAACGUGUCUACUCCAACCAAGACAUCUUGACCGAAGCAAUCCCCUACUUCUGGAAGAACUUUGACCCGGAGGUGUACUCCAUCUGGUAUUGUGAAUACACAGAAAACCUGCAGGGAAAACUGAGCUUCAUGGUGUCAAACCUGGUUGAAGGAAUGUUCCAGCGACUGGAUAAGCUGCGCAAAAAUGCCUUUGGCAGCAUGGUUAUUUUAGGAGAGGCCAAAAACAACUCCAUCGCUGGCUUGUGGUUCUGGAGAACACAAGAUCUUGCCUUUAAACUGUCCCCUGACUGGAUGAUAGACUACGAGUCGUACUCCUGGAAAAAGCUGGACCCCAACAGUGAAGAGACCAAGGAUUUGGUCAAGAAAUUCUUCCUUCAGGAGGGCGAUUUCGGUGGAAAAGAAGUCGUAGAUGGAAAGAUCUUCAAGUAA